GCAGCCUCAAGUUCUAGACAACAAGAACACUCACAGCGCUACUUCUCAAAACAAAACGACGAUUAAAAAUGGCUCCUUACACGGUCAAGUGGGGGAUCAUGGCCACAGGAGGCAUCGCAACCACCUUUGCCAAGGACCUCCUCAACGAUCCUGCCACUCGCGAGGUCAGCGACGUCGCCCACACCAUCGUGGCGGCGGCGUCCUCCUCGUCCAAGCCCCGAGCCGAGUCCUUUCUCAAGGACUUGGGCGUGCCCGGCUCGCCCAAGGCCUACGGCUCAUAUGCGGAACUCGUGGCCGACGAGGACGUGCAGAUCGUCUACGUCGCGACGCCACACUCGCACCACUUUCAGAACGCCAUGCUGUGCUUGGAGGCGGGCAAGAACGUGCUCUGCGAGAAGGCGCUGACGGUGAACGCGUCGCAGGCGAGGAAGCUGGUGGACAAGGCUCGGGAGAAGAAGCUGUUCUUCAUGGAGGCGGUGUGGACCCGGUACUUCCCGCUGAGCAUCAAGAUCCGCGAGAUGAUCACGAGCAAGGAGAUCGGAGACGUGUACCGCGUGCUAGCCGACAAUUCGUUCAACUCGAGCAAGCCCGACGGGUCGCUCGAGUUUCCCGAUGACCACCGCAUGGUCAACGUUGACCUGGCCGGCGGCGCCCUGCUGGACCUCGGCAUCUACUCCCUGACGUGGCUGUUCCAGACGCUGUACCACCUGCAGCCGGGCACCAAGGAGAAGCCACUUGUUGUGGCCAGCAUGAACAAGUACGACCGCACCGGCGCGGACGAGAGCACAGCGGUGGUGGUGUCGUUCCCUCAGCACAAGACGAUGGGCAUCGCCACGACGAGCCUCCGUGCUGCGACCGAGCUCGAAGCGAACGGCCUCCUCGGCCCCUCGAUCCGGAUCCAAGGGUCCGAGGGCGAGAUCCAGGUGAUGGGCCCGCCGUUCAAGCCGCGCCAGUACAGGGUCCUCAAGAAGGCCGACCCGAGCAAGCUGGAGGUGGUCGACUGCCCGAUCCCCCAGGACCCGGCGAGGAAUUGGGGCCAUGGGAUGUUCUGGGAGGCGGACGAGUGCGCGCGGUGCCUGAGGGACGGGAAGCUCGAGAGCGCGACGCUGCCAUGGAGCGAGUCAGUGGUCAUCAUGGAGGUCAUGGAGGAGGCGCUGAAGCAAGGAGGGAUUGUGUAUCCCGAGGUCAUCACGACGGAUGUGUAUGAUCCCAAGAGCCCCCUGAACACGGGCAAGGCAUGAUGGAGGUGCUGUAUCUCCCCACGGAUACGAUGGGAUACCUGGUUAUAACGUAGGGGUCCGUCCAAAGCCAUAUUCGACUAUGCUCGCAUCUUUCAGUACAUGUAAACUAUGGUUCUGACAGCCGGGGGAAGAUCAGCAAAACAGUUCGAGACAGUCAUCUGAUGUCGUGGUUGGGCGUGCCACAAACGCUUACAGGGCUUGCUUGAUGACUCGUCCGCAACGAACCCCCUGAACGAGUCAAGUCUUUGGCAUAGAAAAGCACAUCUAUCAUAAUCAGAAACCGUAAUGAAUCUUUCAAGCUG